CACCACCACCACCCCAAGGGGUCAACCGCCACCACCCACCAACGCAACCAACGGAGGCUUCCUCGCGCAACAUGGCGACGGCGCUCGCUGCGACGAAGCCCCCGACAGCCGCGGCUCGCGAGCGCCGCGGCUCUCGCGGCUCUAGGGGCGGCGCUCGGCAUCGCGCUAUAAAAGGCGAGGCCCGCCCGCUGCCGCCCCAGUAUGGAGGAGGUGAUGGCGGGAGACGCUCCUCUCGGUAGCCCCAGCGGCAGCUGCAGCUCCGCCUCCUCCUCCUCCACCUCGCAGCAUCACCACCACCACCACCACCCGCGGCCCUUCCUCAUCGGCGUGAGCGGCGGCACGGCCAGCGGAAAAUCGACCGUGUGCGCCAAGAUCAUGGAGUUGCUGGGACAGCACGAGGUGGACCAGAGACAGAGGCAGGUGGUGAUCCUCAGCCAAGACAGCUUCUACCGCGAGCUCUCUCCUGAGCAGAGCGCCCGUGCUGCCAAAGGGCAGUUCAACUUCGACCAUCCUGAGGCCUUCGACAACGAGCUCAUCAUGAGGACGCUGCAGGACCUGGUGGCUGGGCGUGCGGCCCAAGUGCCCGUCUAUGACUUCGUCACGAGCUCCAGCUCUGGCUCGUCUAGGAGAGCCCGGACGGCCGAGUUGAUGGUGUACCCGGCCGACGUGGUGCUCUUUGAGGGCAUCCUUGUCUUCUACCUACAAGAGAUCCGGGACAUGUUCCACAUGAAGCUCUUUGUGGACAUGGAUGCCGACACGAGGCUCUCCCGGAGAGUGCUGCGCGACAUUUCUGAGCGAGGCAGAGAUCUGGAGCAAGUGCUGUCUCAGUACACCAAGUUCGUCAAGCCGGCCUUCGAGGAGUUCUGCCUGCCGACAAAGAAGUACGCAGAUGUCAUCAUUCCUAGAGGAGCCGAGAACAUGGUGGCCAUCAACCUCAUCGUGCAGCACAUCCAGGACAUCCUCAUGGGAGGGCUGAUGAAGCGUCUCAACGGCCACUCCAAUGGCUACAGCUCCCCCGUCGCGCGCAUCGCUGCCGAGCCCAGCAGCCGACCCCACUGACCUGGCCGCCAUCGUCCCCCCCACCCUACCCCCUCCCUCCCACUCUCAUCAUAUAUGCCCCCCCCCCCUCUUCGGCCGCGACCCCAAAGACCCUGGCUGGCCCAAUUGGCCCGGCGGUUUUACCGGGCCUUGUUGCCGGAUGCAAGAGUUCAAUGUGCUGCAGGGGGGUGUGGGGGGGGGUCGUAGGGGAAGGUUUUGGCCGCACGUGAAACGGCGCGACCAGUGCCGUAGCCCCCCCCCUCACACCCCCCACCCCCCCCCCCGGCAAGUCCUAGGGAUUUUACAAGAGUUGUCAGGGUAGAGUUUUUGUUGUUUUUUUUUGCUGUGUGUAUAUACACGCACGUGUAUGUAUAUGUGCUGCGUACACAUAUUGGAUGCAGUACCAUACAUGUACAUACACGCACAUGGCUACCUUUUACUGCGUGCGAAUAGGGUAAAAUGUAACCACGUGUAUAUACACACGGUGUAAAAUAGUGUUGUUCAUAAUGCCGUCCUCCCCGAGUACUCUCUCUCUUACUGUGUUCAAUGUGCUUUAACUCUGCCAAUUUCACAUUUGCCAAGCAGUUAACGAAUUGAUGUACAUCGAGACUGGCCGGACGCGAGCCCGGGGUCGAACGGGUUCAGGUGGAGAGCGCCGGAUGUUGGGCGUGGUCCAAUGCGUGCGACGCUGGUGGAGUGGUGCUGUUUGUGAGAAGGCCGAAAAAUUAAACACUACGGCGGCUCCCAAAGAUUGACGUUUCGAUCACGGCAGAGGUCACGAAGCUUCGGGGCGCUCGCACCCUUCCAGACUUGUGCACGUCCUCGCCUCACUCGAACUGCCAAAAAUGUUUUGAAAAUUACUUUUAGCCGCUCCUGGGUUCUCGACUGUGUUUUUGGGUGUUCCCCUUAGCAGUGCAUGACCGGCGCUUGCUGUCCGAUUUUCUAUCAAACCGUUUUUUUUUUUAACUGGAUGUUUAGAAAAAACAAAUCAGUAUUAGGUCGCAUCAAUUGGCGAUAAACGCACGCGAAUUUGAUUUUGCCAGUGCAGGGAGGUGAGGGGUGGAGAUGGGGUGGAGGGGGCGGGUAGUGUUUGUAAUUGCAGAUGCUCGCACGCGGCAAACGGAACCCGAGUCCCGCAGCGAAUGCGUGCGGUGUCCACCCGUGGCGCCCAUCUGCUGUGGAGUGUGGCUGUCGCUCGCGGGCGCUGCACGAGCAGGCCCAACGUGGAGGCAUGAGGGAGGGGGGCUGUCUGCGCACGACGAGGCCGCGCGAGUACACAAAGCAGCGCACCGACUCGGCCGUUAGCCUGCAAGUCUAUCCACAUCCCUCGCCACGUGCUCGCCCACGCUGAUCUGGAAUUCAUUUUUUUAAAUUGCAUUUUGUGUUAGAGGAUUAUUGCCGCGCGCCCGCUCGCGCCUCGGCGACUGCCUGCGCGCAUGCCGAGUGGCAUGAUGCACUGGGGAGACGUUUUUAAUAUCGCGCGUCCUUUAAAGUGCCCGCGGCAGUAUUUGUCCAUACCUUGUGCUCGGGUGCUGUUCGCGCAUUUUCGUGAACGAACUCUCUUCGCUGCCCCCACUGCAAGAACGGCGCUCGCAAAUUCCUGUACGCUUAACGCAGAGUGCACGGCCCGUGGUCCAGUUCGCGUAUGAUCAUCGUCGUCGUAAUAAAUUAGCUUGUUUACCAUUGCCAAAUCUGCAACAUCUCGGUUUAGGACCGGAGGAUUAUCUUUUUGGUUUGGGGUUUCUUACUGCGAGAUGUACUUUUCUUUCCAAUGAAUGUCGGUGCUCACGUUGAAGAAAGAAAUCUUCGUAGAUGUAAGUGGUAAGGUGGGCGAUGGGGAGGUUCCUUUACACAUGUCAACCCUUAACCACCGGCUAUCGUUUUAACAACUCGUCGAAAGUGCGUCCACUGUCGCUGAGGACGACGGAGUAAGGGAGUUUAUUUAGAUCUUGACUUAAAGCUUUCGUGACCGCAGGAAUUUAUAUUAUUUGGGAAAGACCUAAAGAAUAUAGUUUAUUUACAGUUAAGAUGCAAAGGGUCAACAAAUAAAAAUACCACAUUCGACAUUUCUGACGACUUGGGACACGCAAUCUGCAUACAAACCCUCGUGUUUGAACUCUGCAUUUUUCACCCUUUCAAGCCAGUGAAAUUUAAUCUUUCUUUUUACUUGAAUCUUUCGCAUUGCCUGUCCUGUCUGACAGUCUAUUACACAGGACACACGUAAUUCCAAAAAUGCCUUUUUUCUAAACAGACUGACCUGUUUGGGAAUGGCUUUGUGGACCUUGUUUAGACGAGCCCUGCUUAAAAAAUACUUUUAUUUUUCAUGAACACAUUUGACUUCUUACCAUCAAGAUGCACGCGUCUGUUUAUUACGUAGAGGGCGCUCGGCAGAGACUUGAAAUGGGACCCUUCGGUCUUUUCUCAUGGUGCAUUUCCAAUAUUUGUUUUCUAGCGCACUUAAAAAGAAAAGAAAAGAAGAUAAUGCAUGGUUAACCUCAAGUGUCGAUUUAUUUUAAUGGGUUCCGAAUGAUAGUUGGUAUACAAAAACGUAGGUAAUGCCAUACGAGACCAGAAUAUGAUGGAGGGGGAAUAUUGAUUUUGUUUUCCAGUUUUAAAUUAUUUAUUUUUGACAACAAACAUUGCCUUCUGCUGGGAUGGGUUGCCUUGGUGAAGUUUUGCAGGUCGUUAUUCCAGAACUGAAGUCUAAUUGGUAACGCGGCUUUGUAAAGGGCAUGCCUCGUUUCACAUUAAACCUUGUUAAGGGACGGGC